CAACUUUUAUAUAUUUUCCAUUUGAUAAAAAAAAAUCUCUCGAAUUUAUAUUUGUAUAAAUAAAGGAGAGAGUCAAGAAAAGAGUUCCAACCAUAAAUAAUUCAACAGUUGUUAGUUUACAAGUCUCUCCGAAACAAACACAUUCACACACACGUCUCUCCUCACAGCCAAUCAUCGAUCAUAGCUCGAUUUUGUUCAUUGUUCCGUUGGUUUUUCUUGAAAUUUUUCAUUCUCGGUAUCAUCAAAACUCGUCGGUACUAAAGAAACUUCACGCACAUAUCCUCAAUGUUGAGCUGUUCUAAUGGCACCGUCGUGAUCGCAACCGCCAUGGUUUGCUCAAGCACCGCUCUGUUUCUCGCCAUGUCUCGUCAAUUCCAUGGACAGAAUCAAACCUCGAAGGUUCUUGAUCAGUCUCCAAGACCCAUUCUCCGUUCUUGUCUAUCAUCAGAUGAGACGAAGAAACAGAGGAAAAAGAUAAAGAAAGUGCGGUUUGCGGAUAAUGUGAAAGACACGAAAGGGAACGGGAAAGAGUACCGGAGGAGGGAAUUGAAUCGGAGAAACGUACCGGAGCCAGUAACUAAACCGGGAAAGAACGGUUCAAUGUGUAGAAUCUCCACCACCAUGCCAGCGAACCGGAUGGCUCUGUACAAUGGGAUUCUCAGAGACCGAGAUCAUAGAACUCAAUGUUCUUAUUGACCUUUUCUUCUUGACCUAUCAGGUCAAUAGAUUUUAGGUUUGUAAAUCUUUCUUUUAUUUUCUGGUAAUAUUAGAAUCUUUUCUUGGAAAUUUUCAGAAGUUGUAGUUGGUGGUGGUUUUCAUAGUUUGAAAACUAAAGUGACGAUGUAAAUAAUUGACCUGUAAAUAGUGAUUAGCAAAAUGAAAAGGUAACUAAUAUGUGUAUAUUGAAAAUAUUUAACUUUUUUUUUCC